UAGGCACCCGGCCCGCAGAACGCCAUGACGACCCGCUUCCUCCAGCGGCCGCGGGGGUUCCCGGGAAGCCGGAGGCUGGGCCUAGGGGCGGGGCAGCCGGAAGGGCGGGGCGACGGCGACUACUUCCGCUUCCGCCGGGGAGGACACCGUGCUGCUAACAUGAGUCGCUUCAAGUUCGUGGAUAUUGGUAUCAACUUGACAGAUCCUAUGUUCAGAGGAAUUUAUAGGGGAGUUCAGAAGCAUCAAGAUGACUUACAAGAUGUAAUAGAGAGAGCUGUCCAGAUUGGUGUUAAAAAGUUUAUGAUUACAGGUGGAAAUCUGCAGGACAGUAAAGAGGCACUGCAUUUGGCACAAACAAAUGAUAUGUUUUUCAGUACAGUUGGAUGUCAUCCUACAAGAUGUGAUGAAUUUGAAAAGAAUGAUCCUGAUCUUUACUUGAGGGAGUUGUUAAAUCUUGCUGAAAACAAUAAGGGGAAAGUUGUAGCAAUAGGGGAGUGUGGACUGGGUAAGUGCCAACCUAGCCCUGUUAGAGUGACUUUGAAAGUGAUUUGUUCUGCACAAGGUAAUGAGUUGUUACUGGUUCUUUUUUUAUCUUUUAAAGAUUUUGACCGACUACAGUUCUGUCCCAAAGAUACUCAGCUCAAAUAUUUUGAAAAACAGUUUGAACUGGCAGAACAAACAAAAUUACCAAUGUUUCUUCACUGUAGGAACUCACAUGCUGAGUUUUUGGACAUAAUGAAAAGAAACAGAGACCGGUGUGUGGGGGGAGUGGUGCAUUCAUUUGAUGGUACGAAGGAAGCAGCAGCCGCCUUGACUGACUUGGAUCUCUACAUAGGAUUUAAUGGCUGCUCACUGAAAACUGAGGCUAAUUUGGAAGUUCUGAAGUCAAUACCUAGUGAAAAACUAAUGAUUGAAACUGACGCACCUUGGUGUGGAGUGAAAAGUACACAUGCUGGAUCAAAAUACAUAAAAACUUCAUUUCCUACCAAAAAGAAGUGGGAAAAUGGGCACUGUGUAAAAGACAGGAAUGAGCCCUGCCAUAUAAUACACUUCACGAUCAUGUGGACCCCGUGAAUACAGAAGUGACAACAUACGAGUACUCUCCACUUGGAAAAGGGGGAAACUGAGGCCCAGGUUUUGGCACUACAAGUCCAAGGUCACACGGCGAGACCGGGGCAAAUAGUUGCUAUUUUUCUAAGGCUGUCGCAUAAGACGCGGCAAGCCAGCACUCAUUUCCCAAGGGAAACAGCAGGCAAAGAGCCGCAUGCUCACACAUCCAUGCUUUCUCCCCACCCUCGGGUGCAAAAAUGAAAGAGGGCUGACUCUUUAGGAGGACCGCUCCGCUGUCAACUCUGAGGUUAAGUGUCAUCUCUUCCCCCCUUCCCAACCUGCAAAGACGCCCCUAUUGGCGAAGAAACUGGUUCUCAAAUACACAUACACACACUAUCCACAGCUUGCGCACCGUGCCCGCUCCCUAAAGCACGUUUCGGCCCUCAAAGCCAUCCGGGACGCAAGCUACC